CGUGUUGGAAAAGCACCAACAGAACGCCCCCCCUGCGCCAGCAGGACAACUGCCCUGGAAAAAGCACUUCGUGGUUAUGCAAAUGAGAAGACACCAACCGUCAUAGUGCCCGUAGUCGGGAGCACAUUUGAUUCACUUGGGGAGGCGUAUGAUUUUUACAAUCUCUACUCAUAGGAAAAAGGGUUUGGGAUCAGGUACGGCAAAAGCAGGCUUAAUGUGGAGAGAACAAAGUGCAUGCAAGAGAUUGUAUGUGGUUGCUCGGGUGUCCCCAAAAGAAGCAACACACGAACCUGUCGCUGCCGAUGUCCCGCAAUGAUAAGGUUACUCCGGACAAGUGACAAUGGAUGGUAUAUUAGUGAGCACAGAGCAUCCCAUAAUCACUCACUAACUGAAAAUUGUGGCGAGAAACUGUACUGGCCUUCGCACAGACAUAUUGACAUAUACACAAGAGAUGUUGUGAAGCAGCUCCGUGAAAACAACAUAAGUAUUGGUAAGGUAUACAACAUAAUUGGUAGUUUCUUCUGCACAAUGAGCAACGUGCCAUUCAGCAAGAGAGCUUUGAGGGGGCUGUGUGGACAGAUCAGCAGAGGACAAGCUGAUGACGAUGUGCGCAAAACAAUGGAAGUUUUUGCUGAGCUUGGAGCAAAAGACUCUGGCUUGUACUACAGGGUGCAGCCUGACGAGGACAGUCGGAUAAGAAAUUUGUUGUGGUCAACAGGAGCAAGCAGGUCUCAGUACCAUUUCUUUGGAGAUGCAAUAACAUUUGACACAACCUACCGGACAAAUAUGUACGACAUGCCUUUCGGCUUAUUUGUGGGAGUCAACAAUCACUUCCAGACUAUCAUCUUUGGCGGCGUCCUGGUUCGAGAUGAGACCGUUGAAACCUUUGAGUGGGUAUUCACCGAGUUCAUCCGUAUGAUGGGUGGUAAACACCCACAAACUGUACUUACAGAUCAAUGCAGGGCGAUGGAGCUAGCACUGCAGAAGGUCAUGCCCGACACAACACACAGGUGGUGCAAGUGGCACGUGCUGAAGAGUGCAAAGGAAAAACUUGGCCCACUUUAUACAAAACGAAGCAAAUUCAGAUCAAAGUUUCACAAGAUAAUCCAACACAUGCUAACAGUUGAUGAGUUUGAGACUGCAUGGAAGGAUCUGAUAGAAAGCCAUGGUAUACAAACACACCCUUACUUCACAAACAUCUAUGAAACAAGGGAGAAAUGGGCAAAGCCAUACUUCAACGGCAAAUUCUGUGCGAAGAUGACAAGCACACAGCGCAGCGAGAAUGCCAACCACAUGCUGAAGGGUUAUGUCCCAGCAAGUUGCCCAAUGCACCUAUUUGUCCGUCAAUACAUGAGGCUAAUAUUCGAUAGGGAGGCAAGUGAAAACUAUGAAGAGAGGCGUACAAAAAUAACAUCCCCAGUCAUGAAAAUGAAUGCACCCCUUGAAAUGCAUGCCAGUGAGAUAUACACACGGGCUAUGUUCGAUAAGUUCGGCGAUGUUGUGUACGAAUCAAUGCAGUACAAUGUAGAAGAGGUCUGCAAGGGAGAAACUUAUUUGGUACGGCGAUACCAUCCAGAAAAACAUGAAAAAUGGUGCAGAGUAGUGUACAGGGUAGAAGUUGACAAAGUAGCAGACAAACUGAGGUGCGAGUGUGCUAACUUCGAGCAUACAGGCUUGCUUUGCUGCCAUUCAGUGAAGGUCCUUGACUUCCUUGGAAUAGACCGUAUACCAGCACAACAUAUUUUGAAACGAUGGACAAAGGACGCACGAGAUAUUCUACCAAAUCAUCUAUCACACCUCCAGAAGGACAGCAUUUCUCUGAACUCAAUUACAUUCAGGCACUCAAACUUGUACACUCAUGCUCUCGAAGUUAUGCAUUUGGGUGAUUCCAACACAGAAGCAUACGAGUGUGCCAUGGAUAUCCUGAAGAAAGCAAUGGACACGUUGACUCCAAUAGCAUCCUUGGAGGAUAGUAUGGGCUUGGAAUCAAGAAUUCAGACACAAAAAAUGAAACAAAAAGAUUUGGUUUCCCUGUCUGUCCCCUACAACACAGCGUGCAGUGAUGAAGUCAUGUACCUAGGGUAGGGUUACGGACCUGUCCAAGGUACCCUCCCCAAGGGCAUCUUUAGAAGAAGCCGUCUUCCAGUCGACCAAGAG